AUGGCUGCCUCACUGGACUCGGAUCUUGAGAAGCCAGAAGCAUCAAGUUUCAAGGAUGAAACCAGCCCACUAGCAGAUAGGAUAAAAACAGAACGGGGCAUCGACACUCAUGCCGAACGCGCCUCCGUCUCCGACGCAGCAAGCCACGAAGUUAAACCCAAGCUGCAUACCGGCGGCAAGCCCGAGCUAACAGAAGUCGACUGCUACGAAAAGCUCGGCUUCUGCUUCCCAACGUGGAAGAAAUGGACAAUUCUUUCCGUCAUCUUCGUAGUUCAGAUGUCCAUGAACUUCAACACAGGUGUCUAUUCCAACGCCGUCACUGGCCUGACGGAAGAAUUCCACAUCAGCGAACAAGCCGCGCGAGUCGGACAGUCUGUGUUCCUAGUUGCAUACGCCUUCGGAUGUGAGCUUUGGGCACCAUGGAGUGAGGAAUUCGGCCGCUGGCCCAUAAUGCAGCUCUCCCUGUUCUUCGUGAACAUCUGGCAAAUCCCAUGCGCCCUCGCACCCAACUACGGCACAAUCGUCGUAUGUCGUAUCCUCGGCGGUCUCAGUUCCGCGGGAGGCUCAGUCACCCUCGGUAUGACAGCGGAUAUGUGGGAAGCCGACGACCAAGGCUACGCGGUAGCCUUUGUGGUUCUCUCGUCGGUAGGCGGGUCAACCGUGGGACCUUUCUUCGGUGGCAUGAUUGGCGAAUGGCUCACAUGGCACUGGGUAUUCUGGAUCCAACUGAUCAUCGGAGCGGUAACGCAAAUCCUGCACUUUUUCAUCGUACCUGAAACACGCACGACGAUCCUAAUCGACCGCGAAGCGAAACGCCGCCGCAAAAAUGGAGACGACAUCUGGGGUCCGAACGACCUUAAAACCCCACGUCUAGACUAUCACGACGUAUUCCGAAUCUGGAUCCGACCAUUCGAGAUGCUCAUCCGCGAACCAAUCGUCCUCUUCCUCUCUCUGCUGUCUGGUUUCUCAGACGCCCUAAUCUUCGUCUUCACCGAGUCUUUCACCCUAGUCUUCAAGCAAUGGUCCUUUAGCGUGCUAGCUGUCGGUCUAACCUUUGCUUCAAUCCUCAUCGGCUACGUAAUAGCAUACAUAAUCUUCCUACCAGACAUCCACCGGCAAAUCCAAACACGACGUACUUGCGGCCCAGCAAGCCGUCUUGCCGAGCGCCGUCUCCUCCUCCUCCUAUUCAUUGCACCCCUCGAACCAAUCGGUCUCCUUGGCUUCGCGUGGACAUCAACCGGUCCUCCAGUCCCCUGGAUCGCGCCGUGCAUUUUCGCAUGUCUAAUCGCAAUGGCGAACUACGCGAUCUACAUGGCAACGAUAGACUACAUGGUUGCGGCAUAUGGGGAGUAUUCUGCGUCUGCGACGGGGGGCAAUGGCUUUGCGAGAGAUUUCCUUGCUGGUAUCGCGACCAUGUACUCCACGCCCAUGUACCAGAAUAUGGGCAGCAAGUAUCAUCUCCAGUGGGCGAGUACGCUGCUCGGCUGUAUUGGGUUCUUGGUUUUGAUUCCGAUUUACAUCUUCUACUGGAAGGGUCCGGAGAUCAGGGCCAAGAGUAAAUUUGCGCAGCAGCUUGCUGCUGAUCGGGAUAGGAAUACCGAGAGUAGGAGAGCUAGUCGGACAAGGGCUUCGUUGGGGGGGUAA